UAGUGUGCGGUGACAGACAACCGUCGCUGAGCCACCGACCCAGCUCCAACUCUAAACUAUGGAGGAGAUUAACAACAUUGAAGUCGUUCCGUGCACAGAGUCCGACUACCUGAAACCGUUCAGGGUGCACUAUAACCAGAAUGGCACAAAGAAAUCCUGGGACUUCAUGCGAACCCAUGACAGUGUAUCAGUGCUGAUCUUCAACACCACAUCUCACUGUUUUGUCCUUGUCAAGCAGUUCCGUCCAGCUGUAUACAUGUGUGAGUGGGAAAGGACCAAGACGCAGCUGCCUCAGUCUGCUGAGAAAACCGAGGAGGGCGCCGCCGAAGCCAGUGCCCCCGAGUCUCAGGAGGGCCAGUCGGCCUCAGAGGGGGAGAGCUCCUCUCAGUGGCCCCCAGCCGUAGCGGGGGUCACCUACGAGCUCUGCGCCGGGCUGGUGGACAAACCUGACCUCUCCCUGGAGGAGAUCGCCCGGCAGGAGGUGCUGGAGGAGUGUGGCUACGAUGUGCCCGCUUCUAAGCUGAAGAGGAUCACUUCUUACAGGUCAGGCGUAGGUGUGACGGGUGCCAAGCAGACCAUGUUUUACGCUGAGGUGUCCGAUGACAACUGCGUGAGCGCGGGCGGAGCGUGUCGUCGCACUCAAGCACAAUCCUGAUUUGAAGCAUGCCAUACAAGGUUAGUUAAAGACAUAGCACACUGAAAGCCACCCCAAAGGGCAUCCUCACAUUUAGUUAUAGAUACAAAAAGCUGCAGUGGGUAACAGAACCAUGUAUUUUGGCUCUAACAUGUCUGUGACCGACUUGAAAUCUCAUCAACUAUUGGUUUUCAUUUAGUUUUUUAGAGUUGAGGAGGAAUUCUUUUUACCUUCUAUUGUAUAUUUUUGUGUGAUGUUGACAGACUGAAGAUACAGAAAAGAUAUUGGAUAAAGGCUAAAUCCUCUAUUUUUUAUCAUUUUCAUGGCAAGUAAGUCAUUUCUGGGGAGGUAAUUUUUAUACCUAGAAGGAGUUCAACCAUCUAACAGAUUGCCUUUAAUCAUAACUCAUUCGGGAGGUCCAGUGUUAAUCUCACAAAGUUAGUCUAAACAGCAGUUUGCCAAACUCUCAGGUCCGAAUCAUCAAACGUUUGGUCAUAUUCAGGGAGAGUCUCUGAAUGUGAUGAUGACCAGCAUGUUAUUAUAUUAUUAUAUUUCAAAAUCACUUGCUGGUUAUAGGCAACAAAGUUCUUACUCUUCUUACUGCAGUAUAUAUUAGUAUUUCUCUUCAUUCAAAAAGGGCUGGUACUUAUUAUUUCAUAUGUGAUGAGACAAAAAUUCCCCCUCGCCUUGACUUUUUGUUAAAAAUAUGCAAAGCAUAGUGUUUUUAGGAAAUUACUGCUCACUUACAAAAGCAUCUCAUUAUUUAUACAUUACUACAGUGAGAUAAUAAGAGAACUACACUGGCAGAUCCUGUGAUAGCCAGAAUCAGAGUUCAGCUCUUCUUGUUGCACCAGCGGAGUUUGGAAGUUGGAAAACUGACCUGCCUGAAUAACUUGAUGGUUUGGUGAACUUAGAUAUGGGGAAAAAAUGCUGUAUUAAUAAUAUAUGGUUGAUAUUUGUAAGAGGUUUAAGUGCAAUGUUGAAAAUACCUUAAAAUAUUAAUAGGUGUUCAAAUAAAAUCAUACUUAUGUCUUAUUACACAAAAACAAAUUCUAGUCCCCAUUAUUAUCAGGUUAAUGUAAGAAUCAGAAUUUCUGCUUUUUGAGCCUGAGGAACAGCUGACAAUCAAACGUCAACAUUUGUCUACUUUUACCCAUAAACCCCUGUGCAUUUUGGCCAUCUUCGUUCAUUGCUUUGUUAGGUGUAGGUCCUUGUCCCUAAUGAAUGUCACAGCAGUUCCCUUAGAGGAGGACUGAGCAUCAUUUUCAGGCGCCUCAGUGCAGUUAACUGGUUCCACGCGUAAACAAAAUCAAGAAAAUUUGAAUGAACCAAGUUAAAUUUCCACCCAAGCUGUGUAGGAAUAUAUGCAUAUAACUCUUAAGCCAUAUUUAACUCCCCUUACGCCCGAUCAUUGAGCUUCUUUGUCCAUCAAAGAUCAUUCCUUGAUGUAGGAUUGUCUGAUUUGCUGGAACUGCUUGAACUUUUUUUUUAUUAUCUUACGUUAAUUUCUUUGGAAAAAGAGCUGUCGUUUGCUACCCAAACCUGAUUUGAUGUCCAACACUAAACCAGAUUCUCUUUGUGUUGUUCUCUUUGUAUCAAUUGUAAAUUUGGAGACAACAUUUUAAAUGCUUUCAAACUACAGGACAUAUCUGCUUUAAUGAGUUCAACAUCAAGACACUUUGGAAAAAUGUGGAAAGCACCCUUGGAAAAUCAUGAAAUAACCGUUGGAAGUUAAACUGAUAAAGCCGUCAUACAACAUUUUACGUCUUUUAAACUCCACCUUACAUCAUGAUAACCAGCCUGUAUCACAUCUUUAAAUGUAGGGUUUUUUAACUUUCAUAAAGUUAUUUAUUUGGCACCUUAUCCUCAUCAGAUCUUUAACCUCAUUUCCUUGUUCUCUUUAUUUCAUCCACCUUCUUCCAUGUGAGAAUCGUGUCUUUAGUUUUCAGGUUGAAUCCAAGUAGUUUAAUGAAGAACCUCGCUGAAAGAUUUCCAAUGGUGCUCACAGUUUUCCAUUGUUCACUUCUUGUCUAGUAAGAGAUGAACCCAUCGUGGAAAAUAAUGAAAAUGGUCACCGUUUGUCUUGGAGUGACUCUUGAGAAAAUAAUUUGCUGCCCACAUUUUAACAGAUUUUACAGGGUUUAGCCAUAAUCAAGUUUACAAAAACAAACAGAAAAAGUAUGAAUCAUAUAUUAAAGCAGUGAGUUUGCUGAAAUGAGACCAUCUGCUUCUGAUUUGGCUUGACCUAAAAUGUGACAAACAAAAGCCAUUUUAACUUUUAAGGCCAGUCUGUAACUUUAUCUGCCUGUCGAAUGUGCGGAGCUGCCAUGUGACGACUCUUUUGGCUAAAGCUAUCUGUCCUUUUGAGGAAAGUUGUCGCAGAAAUGCGAGGCUGUGUUGACGCCUUUUACGUAGGCUUGUCAUUGAGGCCAGUGUCAGCCAGUAAACCAACACCUUCCCUCCAAUUUUUAUCUGAAAGUCCAGUGCAGUUAGUGAACAUUACAAAAGAUUGAUUGACACACUGAAAACAAAAGCGACAUCCAGUCAAACGUCUUAAUGCUGUGACUAAAGCUCGAUCGUUGCAGAGGCUUCAGUUGCCAAGAAAAACACAACCGACGUGGCCUGCUCUUCAGGCUCAUCUGGAUCUGCCAGGUUCUUUAUAUAGGUGGUUAAAUAUAUAGUGGAAAUUUGGAUUUAUGGUAGGCCUGUGUUUUAUUUGUAUUCAUCUGCUGUGGAGUCAAGAUUCAUCAGUUGAUCUGCUUUAUCAGACCGAUCAGUUUUAUAAGCCAUUUAAAAGUGGCAGGCUACGUUUUGUAUGUUCGAAUUUUAAAAUUUCUGUUUUCCUCCAGAAUUUCUAAAAUGUGAGUUUAAGGCCAAACUUCACACUCAUAUAGUGUUGAAUUUAGUCUAAAGGGAGCCAUGUAAAGUUGAAUUCUUAUUUUAAAGUUUCCCAUCACAACAAGCCAAACUUUCCCCUCUGCGACUAAACUAAACGCACUUUUGACAGUAAAGAGCGAAGUUGCAGACUGUGCCCCUGGUAAGCCAUAUGCUACUUCUAUUAACUAUACAGCAAGACUAAUAUUUGAGGUAAGUAAAUGGUCGUAUAAUUCAUUCUUGCCAAUGCUGGAUAUAUUAACCAUUAGCCCAGCAUUGGACAUUUCUACCUCCAUCACUCAGGCACAUGACGAAGAUAUUUUGUGUCCGUUUGCUUGCUUUUAAGGCGUUGACAUAUCAAAUUUUAAACCACUUGUCAGAAAUGUCAACACUCAGUGGUUCUCUGUGACAGAAAACUUAAUCCAUCGGUACCAGAUUUUUAUAGUUGUACCCCCAUGGCUAUGCUGUAGUUGCUUCUUCAACUGUGAUUGUUUUUUUUUUUGUUUGUUUGUUUGUUUUUCUUCGUUAAUGGUUUGUGCACUGUUUGACAAUUUCUUACUGUAUUUUCAGUGAUCAUGAGCAGAGCUGCAGUUUAUCUUUAAAAUGUGGGUUUGUAAAGGUGCUAUGUGUAGUAUUCUCUAAUUAAAGAAGAUGUAUUACUGUUAAAAUGAAUCUUGGACCAUGGAUGUGACAGUUCAAACAUUACCUCUGGUGAUCUACUCGAUAUUCCUUUGUUUCAUUAAAUAUUUAGUGAUUCCUGAUUUGCUCAUGAAUCCUGGAAAAGGCACUUUUGAUUUUGGAUGACGUUUGCUCACUUUUGCUUCUUAAUUUGCAGACUGGUGGCUGAAUAUUCAGAAGCAACUGGGGGAAGAUAAACAAAUUUGCUGCUAUGAAAGCAGCUUACAUUGAAUAUAAAGCGUAGCACAUAUGUUGUUCUAGGUUAGGUUGUCCUACACAUAAUACCUUUAAGUGAAAGACAAAAAGAAAUUUGUCCACUUGUGAUUUUUCUUUCAUUCUGGUGUCUUACACUGAAUUUGUGUUUUAAAAAAAAAAUAUUUUCUGGGAAAAAAAACGUACAAACACAAACAUUGCAGUUUUAUGAAUUUAUCAUGUAUUUUAAGCUUUAUUAAAAGUGUAUACUCAUUGUGGGCAGUGUUUUCGGUAAUGUUUGGAUUUUGUUAAUUUAUUACCUAAAUGUUGAAAUAUUUAACUUUUAAAACAUGACACUUGGUACAAACAUACAGUAUAUAUUUAAAUAUGAUACUUUGCAUGUGCACUAACUGUCUUGGAUUAAACCGCAUUAAGUUGAAAUAAAAUGGGUUUGAUGCCCAA